AUGCGCUUCGGAGCUACUCUCAAGAGCUCUACCUACCAGCCUUGGGCUUCGAGCUACAUCGAUUAUGCAAAGCUCAAGAAGUUGUUACGAGAGGAACAGCCUGAAAACGACGAGAAGCCUUGGACGGACGAUGACGAGGCUCGCUUCACCGAAGAGUUACUCAAUAUAGAACUGGAGAAGGUCAAUGCCUUUCAAGGUGACACUUACAGAAGUCUACGAGAACGGACAACCAAGUGUGAGAAUAGGCUCCACGAAAUCUCCGACGACGGGGGCAAGGAGGCUUCUUCGGCAGAUCGAGAAAAAGUCAAUACUGUAGCAACGGAUGUACUAUUAGAAUUGGACAAUAUCACGAAGGAGAUCAAUGAAUUGGAGAAGUAUAGUCGAGUCAACUUUACCGGCUUUCUGAAGGCAGCCAAAAAACAUGAUCGCAGGCGAGGUGCAAAGUACAAAGUGCGCCCACUGCUCCAAGUGCGGCUGGCCGCUCUUCCUUUCAAUUCGGAGGACUACUCUCCUUUGCUACACGAGCUCUCUAUGAUGUAUUCAUUUGCGCGACAAUUGACAGACGGUGGCUCUUCUGAAAGAUCGAAGUCGAGAUCGGAGAGCAAAUUUGGCGGUGAGAAAUAUACCUCCUACAAAUUCUGGGUCCACCCCGAGAAUUUACUCGAGAUCAAGACAUACGUGCUACGCCGUCUACCUGUCCUAGUCUACAACCCUAAAACAUCGAAGAAUGCAGAAAGUGGGGGAAGCGACCCUACAAUAACUUCACUAUACUUUGACAGUCCACAGUUUGCACUCUAUAACAACAAAAUCGGCAAGGCUACGAGAGCCUCUUCUCUAAGGCUCAGGUGGUACGGGCAGCUUUCAGACAAGCCUGAAAUGACUCUCGAGAAGAAGACUAUCGAAGAGAAUGGCAAUAGUGAGGUGCUGCGGGUACCAAUCAAGGAGAAGUACAUCCAGCCAUUUAUCACAAAUCAGUACAAGAUGGAGAAGACUAUCGGUAAGCUUCGGGAUCGCGAAGGUACGGCAGGUAACGGUGUGGCAUCCUUGGAACACAAUGUAGAGGAAAUGCAAACGCUCAUCAAAGAGCAUAACCUAGAGCCUAUGGUUCGAGCGACAUAUGCGAGGACCGCUUUCCAAAUACCUGGCGAUGAUAAGGUCCGCAUUUCUAUUGACACGGAUCUAGCCUUCAUUCGAGAAGACUCUCUCGAUGAGGAUAGGCCUUGCCGGGACCCACAGGAUUGGCACCGUGGCGAUAUCGAUCGCUUCGGGCUCAAAUUCCCAUACUCCGAAAUCAGACAUGGCGAAGUAGCCAAAUUUCCAUAUGCCGUCUUAGAAAUAAAAGUUAGGGAGGGCGCAUCGAAGAAAACCACCGACUGGGUCCGCGAUCUUAUGGCUUCACAUUUGGUCACAGAGGAGCCAAGGUUUUCGAAGUUUGUUCAUGGGGUGGCACAAUUGUUCGAAGACCACGUUAAUAGCUUUCCGUUCUGGCUCAGCGAUUUGGAAACCGAUAUUCGUAAAGAUCCUCAGGAAGCUUUCCACCAGGAGCAGGAAAAGCGCGCGAAAGAGGCCGCAGACGAGCAGGCGGUUGGAAGCUUCUUAGGAUCUAAGAGUGUGGCUUCCUUCAAAGCUGCUGUCGGAUCUCCUGUGACGAAACCACCUUUCGAAACAAGAAGACGGUCGGUGGCAGACUUGAAAGGAGUCCCCUCGAAUGCCGAUAUAGAUCACGACGGCGACGAGGCCGCAAAGCCAUCUAGUGGAGUACUUUCCGGCGUUCUUUCAUUUUCUCCCUUCUCUAACUCGCGCUAUGCGCGAGCCAAACGAGCCGGUGCUAAAUCUCUCCCAUCAGGUGUUUCGGAACCUCGUCGCUGGAUCAAAGAUAUGAAUCCCGUCGCCGUGGAACCUAAAGUUUGGCUUGCUAAUGAACGAACGUUUGUGAAAUGGCAGCAUGUAUCGAUCUUGCUGGCCUCUCUUUCGCUAGGACUUUAUAAUGCGGCUGGCGAGUCUAAUGAUGUUGCUCGCUCUCUCGCCGUAAUCUAUACAUUGAUUGCCAUUUUUGCGGCGGUCUGGGGCUGGUGGAUGUAUCUCAUUCGAAGUCGAAUGAUUGCAGCCAGAAGCGGGAAAGAUUUUGAUAACGUAAUAGGUCCUAUCGUGGUUUGCAUUUGCCUGGCUGUUGCGUUGGUGCUCAACUUUUCUUUCAAGGUAUGGCUCCUUCCAUUAACCCGAUUGUCAAUUGACAAAUAUCUUCUAGUACCAUGA